CAUUGAAGGCACUGUGAGUGUGGCAAAUCAAAAAGAUGGAGACUUUGAAGGCGAUUGUUGUUGUUGUUCUGAUACUUGGGGUUCUGGGGGUGUGGGAGGUGAAGAUGGCUAGUGCAGGUCCAAGUGCUGCACAGUGCAAAGAAGAGAGAAGGAUUGGUGUUAAUGCAUGCAAGCCAGUUCUGUAUGGGAAGCUGCCGUCCCCGGAAUGUUGCCAACGAGUAAGGGUAACACAUAUUGAAUGUGUGUGCCCCGUUAUCACUCCUAAGUUGGCUGCUCUUAUCGACCUUAAUCGCGCUGUCCGGCUGGUUGAGGGAUGUGGAAGGAGGGUUCCUCGCCAUUACAAGUGUGGAAGUAUCACAACUCCCUGAAUGUUCGUCUCUAUUCAAUCGCUGCAUUUAGGUAGAUGGAGAAGAGGGAAUGAAAUAAAUUGUAUCAAACUAUGAAUAAAAGAAUAGCUAUAUAUGAAGUGGUGGUAUAUGAGUUUUA